CACCAAAUAAACGACCCAUUAAAACCACGAAAGGUAAUAUUGGAUUUCUUUGAUUAAUUAAGACUGCAAAUAUACAUUACAAAGUGUGUUCUCAAAUUCCAUCCGAUCGGGCCGGACUGGAAAUUUAGACCCGACCCAACCCGACCUGACCUGGAAAGAGAGUGAUUAGCUGGUAAUUGAUCUGCUCUAACCCGCACAAUCCCUCCCCUCUCUCCCUAACUUCUCUCUCUAAUCUACUUUCCUCAAUGUUGGUUUUAUUUUCCCUUUUCUUUUUUUUCAAUCUCUCUCUCUCUAGAUGGCCAGCUGAUCAAAUCCCCACCGCAACUUAUUACCGUCGAUUUACCGCUCUUCCCCGCCACGUCUGUACAUAAAUAGAGAUGACCGCACCGGAUCACGCUCUCCUCGAUCACCUUCUGUUUCCCGCGCACGCCGGCAUCAUGGUUUUUUAUUAAUUCCACUUUUCUCCUAAAACGAAUUAAUGAAACCGAAAAUAGCGGGAUCGGAUGUGUAUAAAUCAGCAGGCGUAGAAAUCGGCGAGCUCGUCGACCGAUUCCGGCAGGGGAUCGGCGUUCUCGAGCAUCCAGAGCAAGUGCUCGAACAAGACGACCUCGCACCCCACGCUUAUGUUGUCGCCGCCGCCGCAGUCGGAGCGCUCCGCCAGCUCCCGGAACAGCGGGUGGUCCACAAUGUCGGGGCUCAGGAGGUACCGCCUCCGCGAUUUCCCGACGUAGACUGGCCGCAGGUCCCCGGCGCCGCCGACGGAGUAGGAGGAGGAGGUGGAGUUGGAGUUGGAGUCGUCGGCGGUGGAAGCGGCGGCGAUCGAGCUCCCGCCUCGGCUGAGCUUGGCGUUGAAGGAGUUGAGCUUCUUGAGGACCGACUUGAGUUUGGUGAGCUUGCUGCUGCUGCCGCUUCUGGCCAUUUUGAGAGAAUUUUGGGAGAACUUGUAGCUUAAGUUUUCGGACGAAUGGGUUGAGUGGGCUGUGGACGGGAAAUGAAAGCGAAG